AUGCCCACACUCAGGAACCGGAGACCCCCAACUGAACGCACGGAACUACGCCUCCAGGCCGCAGGCGUCGAAGUGAUAGAGGUCAUUGGAGAGGAUGCGACACUUCUUGACCACCGUGUACUGCCUUCUCCCGCGCGGGCGACUUUCAUUCGGUCAUUAGCAUUACUCUGCGCCUGUUCGCUCAGCGUUGGAAGUCACUAUGCAACCUACAUCCUCGGCCCUUUGAAGUCUCGACUCUCGCGUGAAAUGGGAACCAACAACACCGAGUUCUCCCUUCUCAUAUCCGCAUCGUCUCUGAACAGUACAUGGACACCGCUCGUAGGUGGCCUUUUGGCGAGCAGACUAGGGACAACGUACACCAGCAUUCUUGCUACCGGGGUUGUAUUUUUUGGCCAAGCUUGUCUACUGGCCGGCAACCUCUCGGAUAAUGUUCGACUCAUGGCACUUGGAAUGUUCGUCUUCGGGCUCGGAGUCAGUCCUCUGGCUGUUGUACAGGAAACCAUAAUCGUUCGAUUCUUCAAGUCGCAUGGCCUGGGGGUGUCUCUUGCCCUAGGACUGGUCGCUGGGAAGGGCGCCUCCUUCAUAUCCGCCUUCACUUCAUAUCCGCUUUCGCAGCAAUUCGGACCUCACGCCCCCUUCUACGCGUCGACAUUCCUCACAGCUCUUUCAUUCGCCAUAAAUAUCGUCUAUCUGUCCGCCUCUAAAUGGCUCAUUCAUGAAUCAGGCACGGAGCUAGAGGCGUCGGAAUUGCAUGCAGAAGCUGCGUUGUCUGGCGAUAACAUCUCAUCUGAAGCAGAAGCUCUGAAGGAAGUGGCGAAGAAGCGGAUGGUGUACCUCAGAGACAUCACGAAACUAGGCGACGUGUUUUGGGCAUACAUUGGUCUGAAUGUACUGUGUGGAUCAAUAUGGGCUCCUUUCACACACCUUGCCGCCAACGUCUUGCAGCACAGAUUUGAUAUUCCCGAAGCUGACGCAAGUAUAACCGCGUCAUACCUCCUCGCCGGUAGUGUAAUUCUGUAUCCUGUGACUGGUAUGAUAGUGGAUCGUGCGAAGAAACGCAACAUGCCGAUGCAGUUGCUGCUUGUUUCUGGGGUCUUGACAUCGGCAUGUUAUGCCUGGCUCGCCGCACCGCCAAAGUGGACACGCACACCUAUACCUGCAGUUCUAUCAUUUGCUCUCGGACAUGGAUUUGCACCUCUGCUACUUGUCGUAAUCGUCCCUAGGAUCGUACCUGACAAGUACGUGUCGACGACUCUUGGUGCCCAUAAAGCUUUGGAACAAACUGGAUCUACUAUCUUCCAAACUUUGGCAGGUCUUGCGCUUGAUGUCAAAAAUCACAAAACCUCUUCCGUGGCAAAUGAUGGUGGUUCCAGAGAGACGCAACACCUGCUCAACGCAUUUGUGGCUCUCAAUGUUGUAGAGAUUCUCUCCGUGGUCGCACUCAUCCGCUUGGACAGAAAGCAGAAAGAAGAUGUUUCACGACGCAUGAGCGCACUGCUUCCUCGCACUGCGGACAACAGCGAGGACGAAGACGCGGAAUCUGUCAAAGGCACGUCGGAUAGGGAAUAUUCGUCGGAGGCCGGCGAAGACGGCGCAAGUCGGGAGACCAGAGGCAGGGGCGGCAGUCUGAGCGCCCAUGUCCAACGCCUUUCAACGUCUAGCGCCGAGCAAAACAUCCCAUUGCUCGGAAGUGGCUCUCAAACGGACACUAUACGCGGGAGUCGAUAUCUCGUAGAUGCUAUGGUCGUCGACGAAGCAGGGGAGACUUCAGAAACCACUCUCAAGCGCAAGAUAUAUCGCACGAAGGGCGAGGUCAGACGAGGGGAAGUAUUCGCCAUCCUCUCUGGGACGCUCAUUAUUUUCGCAUGGGGCCUGUUUAUGGUGACCGCAUGGCUGCGCUUGCGGUCCAAAUCGGAGCGAGAGGGAGGUGGCAGCGGCAACCUCAUCAUCUUGUAG